CGGAAACGGAAACCGCGAUGAAGCGACCAACAAGCCAGGAGAAGCACCCAGGCGCUAUCAUUGCUUUAAGGAGUCUCUCAAACUUAAUUAAAUGUUAGUGUGCCCGGCGGUAUCUCCGCGUUAGCAUUAUUGUUUAGUUAUCUUGCUAACUGGCAUUAAAUACUAAAGCCACCGUUAUUUGUUUCACUUCAACUCGCUUUUGCCGCUGUUUAGUUGACGCCUAGCUGCAGAGAGGGUGUUGGAGGGACCUGAGUGAUCAUGGCCGACCCUGCACGCAUCAAACCCGAGGUGAAACCCGAGAGGACGAGCUCUGCUAACGAGGAGCAUCCUAAGUCGGAUGGCGCUGAUGAUGGACCUGCCACAUCCAAACCCGCCGAUGUAAACAAAGAAUCAUCCUCGCAAGAUCCAGCCAAACAGGAGGAGAAAUCCGACAUGGCAGCCGGGGAAGAUGAAGAAGAGGGAACCUCCGACCAAGCUUCCAAAAGACUGAAGCUGGAACCAGAGAAGAAAAAGGAGAGGCGCCAAAAGGUCGACGAGGAUGAAAUACAAAAGAUGCAAGUUUUGGUUUCCUCCUUUUCUGAAGAGCAGCUAAAUCGCUAUGAGAUGUACAGACGCUCUGCCUUUCCAAAGGCGGCUAUUAAGAGGCUCAUCCAGUCCAUAACAGGAUCAUCAGUAUCACAGAAUGUGGUGAUCGCCAUGUCUGGUAUUUCCAAGGUUUUUGCCGGGGAAAUUGUUGAGGAAGCAUUGGACGUUUGUGAGAAGUGGGGAGAAACCCCACCGCUUCAGCCCAAGCAUAUGAGGGAGGCAGUGAGGAGGCUGAAGAGCCGAGCUCAGAUCCCCAACACCAAGUAUAAGCAAAUUCUCUUUCAGUGAGACGCUCUUGAUGUCAUGGGGAAGUGGUCCUGGGAUUUGAACAAUGGUGCUCUAGCUUGUGGAAAAACAAGUCAAAAUCAGUGACUGGAGUAUCGAAGAACGGCCAUUUCAGACAAUACCACGAGGCGCUUGGUACUUGAAGGCACCUGAAAAUGAAGUCCUCUGACUCGCCAUUCACCUCUAAAUUUCAAGCUAAAUGCAACAUACAGUGCAAAUUGUGUGAAAUUAUAUUCAUGUAUUCUGGUUGUAAAUAGUUUUCUUUUUACUGUCCUGGGUUUUUGCCUCAAUUACUUUAAAGAACUGGCGAUUUUUUUUUGUUUAAUAAAAUCUUUAGGUAGUA